AUGGUUUUCAAAUCGAAAUCAGCGCCGAUGAAGCUGUCGGAUUUGCCGAUACACGAAAAAAUUUUCGAGGCUUGUCGCGCCCACUCAACUGCCAACAAGGAUUCUGUCAUUUUUCUCGACGCCGAGACUACUACAAAAAAGAAAUACUAUCGAGAUGUGGAGCCUACUGUGAACAGCUUGGCGUCUGCUUUAAUCAAAUUAGGAUUCAAGCCUGGUGACGUUGCAGCGCAAGCAUUUCCGAAUUGUCCAGAAUUCCUGAUUGCGAUGUUGGCUGUGAUGAAGUGUGGAGGGGCGAUGUCAAAUGCCAGUGCAAUUUUCACGGAUUACGAGCUAAAAAUGCAAUUUUGCGACUCAAACUCUUGCAUCGUGUUCACCGAUGAAGAUCGUUUGGAACGUAUCCGCAGAGCAACUUCCCAGUGUCCAGGAGUUCGAAAAAUCAUUUGUUUGCGAACAUUUCCAGUCAGAACCGAAUUCCCAGAGAAUGUUCUGGAUUUUGUAGAACUGACACAAACACCAGAUCAGCCGAUUGAUGUCAAAGUCAGCAUGGACUCCAUCGCCCUUCUCCCCUACUCGUCUGGAACGACUGGAAGACCCAAGGGAUGUCUCCUAACUCAUCGGAAUAUUGGAGCAAUGUUGGACAUUGCCAAAAAUCAUAUGGAGCAAGAGCUGGCUCCAGCAAUGUUUGGGAAAGGAAACACUGCCACGUGGCAGAAGGAGCAUACUGUACUUUUGUUGCCGUGGUACCAUGCGUACGGUCUCAACACUAUGUUGGAGACUAUUCUACUUGGAAUGACUGGAAUCGUGUUCAAAAAGUUUGACACAACAGUUAUGCUCAAUCGUAUCAAGUUUUAUAAGGUCAAACUCGCGUGGCUGGUCCCACCAAUGCUGAUUGUUCUUGCCAAGGACCCAAUGGUCCCAAUUUUCAACACUGCUCCAUAUCUAAAAGUGAUCAUGUCCGCAGGAGCAACAGCCGGCUCACAACUCCUAGUAGAAGUCAAAAAGAGAUUCCCUUCCACGUGGCUUUGUCAGGCGUACGGUAUGACAGAAAUGGUGCAAUUCACGACUUUGCCAAGAUUCGAAUAUGGGAACAGCUUUGAAACUGUCGGGCAUUUGGCAUCGAAUUAUGAGAUGAAAGUCAUUGAUAAACAGCAAAAAGAAGUUACUGGAACUGAAAAAGUUGGACAGUUGUGUUUUCGUGGUCCGACAAUUAUGAAGGGAUACUUGAGACAGGAAGAAGCAGAUAUCAUUGAUAGUGAUGGAUUUUUGAAAACUGGAGAUUUAGGAUCGAUUGAUGAGAAGGGAAGGGUUCAUGUGACGGGGCGGAUUAAGGAGCUGAUUAAAGUUAAUGGAAUGCAGGUACCUCCAGUGGAAAUCGAAGACGUCCUUCUUCUCCACUCAAAAGUCAAGGAUUGUGCUGUUAUUGGAAUGCCCGAUGAGCACAAAGGAGAGUCUCCAAUGGCGUUUGUUGUCAAAAAAGAUCACACACUGACAGAAGUCGAGCUGACGGACUUUAUUCGUCAAAAGUUGUCAUCCUAUAAAUGGAUCGACGUCUAUAAAUUUGUCGAUGAGAUUCCGAAAACUCAGUCUGGAAAGAUUCGACGUAAAAAGUUGCGACAAAUGGCCGAGGAGACGGAAUCGGAUAGUGAUGAGGAGACGAGCAAGUCAGAGAAGGCUCAGUGA